AUGCUGACACUGCUUUUGGCAUGGGGAAUAAUGAUGCUCUGUGGUAGUUUCUGGUUUGUUCUGGGAAUAAGGAGGAGACGUCCAAGUGAGCCACCCUUGGAGAAUGGGAUGCUGCCGUAUCUUGGCUGUGCUUUGCAGUUUGGGGCCAAUCCUCUCAAAUUCCUCAGGGCAAGACAAAAAAAAUAUGGUCCCAUUUUUACUUGCAAAUUGGCUGGAAAAUAUGUUCAUUUUCUCACAGACCCCUUUUCAUAUCAUGCAGUGACGCAACAAGGAAGACACUUGGACUGGAAAAAGUUCCACUUUGCAACCUCUGCAAAGGCAUUUGGUCAUGGCAGUAUUGACCCAAAUGAUGGAAAUACCACUGAGAAUAUGCAACAGACCUUCACCAGGACUUUGCAGGGCAAUGCCUUAACAUUUCUCACUGAGGCCAUGAUGGAAAACCUGCACUAUGUCAUGGUAGAAUCAAAUGCACCAAGAUUAAACUCCAAUGACUGGGUAACUGAUAAGCUUUAUGAAUUCUGCUGUAAUGUGAUGUUUGAAUCUGGGUUUCUAACACUUUUUGGGACAGAGUUUAACAUAGGCCAUGACAAGAACCUUUCUUCUAACCAAGAAUCCCACAAAGCAUUUAUCCUCAAUGCCCUGGAGAACUUCAAGGCAUUUGAUGAAAUCUUUCCAGCCCUUGUAGCAGGCCUACCAAUCCACCUGUUCAAAAGCGCCCACAGUGCACGAGAGAAGCUAGCUGAUGCUUUGCUCCAUGAGACCCUUAAAAAAAGAGAGAACAUUUCUGAGCUUAUUUCUCUCCGCAUGUUCUUGAAUGACACUCUCUCAACUUUUGAUGAAAAGGAAAAAGCGAAGACCCAUCUUGCAGUCCUAUGGGCUUCACAAGCUAAUACCAUACCUGCUACCUUUUGGAGUUCAUUCUAUCUUCUUAGAAAUCCAAAAGCAAUGAAAGCAGCUACUGAAGAGGUGGAAAAGGUGUUAAAAAAUGCUGGAGAAAAGAUUGACUGGAAUAUGAAACCUAUUCCUUUGAAUCGGAAACAGCUGGAUCACAUGCCUGUAUUAGAUAGCAUUAUCAAGGAAGCGAUAAGGCUCUCCAGUGCAUCUAUGACUGUCAGAGUUGCCAAGGAAGAUUUCAUUUUGCAGUUAGGUAGCGGUGCCUACAAUAUCCGCAAAGAUGAUAUCAUCGCUCUUUAUCCCCAGCUGUUGCAUUUUGAUCCAGAAAUCUACUGUGAUCCCCUGACAUUCAAGUAUGACCGUUAUCUUGACGAAAAUGGAGAAGAAAAAACCACUUUUUACCGCAAUGGUUGCAAAUUAAAAUAUUAUUAUAUGCCAUUUGGAACAGGACUUGCAAAAUGUCCUGGAAGAUUAUUUGCAGUUCAUGAAAUUAAACAAUUUUUGACUUCGUUGCUUUCCUAUUUUGAAGUGGAAUUUGUUGACAAGAAUGUGAAAUGCCCUUCGUUAGACCAGUCGCGAGCAGGACUUGGUGUUUUACAACCUACAAGUGACAUUGAUUUCAAAUACAGAUUAAAACAUUUAUGA